CUAAAUGAUUAGGUAGCCUGAAUUUUUUUUUUUUUUUUUGACAGAAGGUAGCCUGAAAUUAAGGUCCAAUAAAUUAUAAUUACAGUAUAUGUGGUUUGAAUCUGCUAACGCAUGCUUAUGUGGAGCAAUACUAUUGCUCUAUACUCUUAUCAAAAAAAAAUUGAAGCUAAAAAAGGCUCCACAAAACUUACCUCACAAAAACGAAUCUUCCCCUCUUUUUUAAAUUUCACCUGUUUUAGUCCAAUCUUCAUAGAAUACACAUCUUUCUAUUGCUCAAAAACAAAAACAAAAACAAAAAGUCAUCUCUUACCCCCAUUAUUAUCACCUGAUCUGAUCUCCAAAUAUUAGUCCAAAUUUUCUAUAAAAAAAAUACUUGUAAGACUGAUGGAAGAACUGUGGAAAAGUACCCACCAAUCUUCUUUCCAAGAUUUCCUAGCUCGAGCACCAAUUUCUUUGAGCAUGAAUGAUCCUAAAGAUCAUAAAGCAAGACAUGAUGAUGAUGAUGAUGAUGAUGAUGUUGUUGAUGAUAAUAAUGAUGAUGGUGAUGGUCAUGAAAAAAUUGGGAUGUUUAAGAAAGAGUUUCUUACCACAUCAGGUUUCAUGUCUUCAUUAAACUCGCCAUUUGAGGCCUUAGCUACUGUUGCUGCUUCUUCCUCUGCUGUUUCUUUGUUGAACACUGGUACUUGUUUUCCUAUAACAAAAAAGAGACUGUCUGAUGAUCAGACUGUAUUCGAUGCCGAGUUAGGUGGUAAUCCGAGGCAUAAGCGUAUGAUGAAGAAUAGAGAGUCCGCUGCCCGGUCUCGAGCUAGGCGUCAGGCUUACACAACUCAGUUGGAGAGGGAGCAUGCCGAAUUGAAGGAAGAGAAUGCUAAGCUCAGGAAACAGCAAGAAUUGGUGAAUACAGAUCAAUACCUAUAUCCGGUUUAUUGGUAUCUUCUCCAGCUAAUGUGCCGAAAAAGCGCACCCGUAGUAGAUCAUGUACAGCACCAUUUUGAGUAGUGAAGGACACAAUUGUAUAGUUUUGAUCUGAAGAGUUUUUGAGUGGAAUGAAAUAUAUAACUGAGGAGAAAGUAAGGCCCAUAUAUUGGUCUUAUGCUUUGUACAAAGAGGUCGGAUUAUCUUUUUAAGUUGUUGAAACACAAACGUUUAUGUACAUAUUUUUGUUAUGUUAUGUUGUAUGUACAUGUAUGUUUAGAUA